GUUGAGACAAAGAUGUCGACUGAAGGCGAAUAUGACUGUAUAGUGAUCGGGGCCGGAGUGCAGGGCUCUUUCACGGCCCAUGAGUUGGUGAAGAAGAAGCAGAGGACUCUUCUGCUGGAGCAGUUCAUCCUGCCUCAUACACGUGGAAGCUCGCAUGGCCAGACCCGUAUCAUCCGCAAGGCCUACGAGCUGGACUUCUACACUCAAUUAAUGCACGAGAGCUACGAGAUGUGGGCUCAGCUGGAGAGUGAGUCGGGUGUCAAACUACAAACAGGAUUGCUGGUGCUGGGACCAGAAGACAGCCAUUCAUACCAGAUGUUCAAGAGCACACUGCAGAAAAAUAAGAUUCCUAGUGUGGCUCUGACUCCUGACAACUUCAACCAGCACAUCCCCCACUUCAACUUGACUGAAGGAGAUGAAGCUGUGGUGGAUAUAAAGGCUGGAGUUCUCUUCGCUGAUCGUGCACUCAGGACUGCGCAGAGGCAGUUUGAGAAGUUAGGCGGAAUCAUCAGAGACAAAGAGAAAGUCAUAGACAUCAAGCCUGGUCCCGUUGUGACAGUGUCGACUACAGCUGGUGUUUACCAGGCUAAGAGUGUGGUCAUCACCGCUGGACCCUGGGCUAACAAACUGCUGGCCCACACUGGCCUUCAGCUUCCACUACAGGUGACCAAGAUUAAUGUCUGCUACUGGAAAGAGAAGGUUCCCGGGUCGUACAGUGUGAACAAACGGUUUCCCAGUUUCCUUCAACUUGACAGUAAAGAGACAAUGGACCACAUCUACGGCCUCCCAUCCCAGGAGUAUCCAGGUCUAAUGAAGAUAUGCCUCCACACAGGCAGCCCCACAGACCCUGACCAGCGGGACAAGCAGACAGACAGGUCUGAUAUUGACAUCCUGCGACGCUACAUCACCCGCUGCAUCCCUGGCCUGCACCCUGAACCUGCAGUGGUGGAGAGCUGCAUGUACACAGUAACUCCUGACAGUCACUUUGUGCUGGACUGUCACCCUGAACACAGGAACAUAGUGAUUGGAGCGGGCUUUUCAGGUCAUGGCUUCAAGUUUGGACCAAUCAUCGGCAAGCUCCUGAGUGAACUGAGCCUGGGACAGGUGCCCUCCUUUGACCUUUCACCUUUCCGCAUAAGACGAUUUCAGGGACAGACCAAAUCGGCUCUGUAGAUCAGAGGUGACGAACCAACGCGGCUUCAAAUGCAUCUUCGUCAAAUCCAGAAUCCAAAGAUCCAGAAGAUUAAAAACAAAGCCUGACAUGAACCCACAGCAGGUUUUAGUUUUCAGCCUGGUUUGAGUCUUUUUAUCUAAUUUAAUCUGAGCUUUUCUACUUCCACUGGAUUUUCACUGAAAACACCAGAUCUGUUAUAUUAUGUUUCCGUAGUUUGUGAAACUGACAGAGACAAACGUAGGGAUCAACUUGUGAAGAUGUUUUUACUUUUUAGCCAGUUUAUAAUUUCAAAAUGAAAAAUAGGACUGUUAAAAUGAAUACUUUAAUAAAUGUUAAUUUGAUGUGA